UUUUUUCAGUACUUGUUGGAGUCGCCAUGACCCUUGGCUGUCAUGUGUACAUGGCAUUUACCUUUUGGUCUCCAUAUGUCCCUAUGGUAUGUCCACGAAACUUUGUCAUUUAAUAAUCUUGUUACCAUAUGCUAUUAUAGGUCAUAGCAGACUCUAUAGGACAUUUCUGUUCAGAUAUCGAAGUCACCUAAUAAUAAAUAAUCGGCAAAAAUGGCCUCAAACCAAGGGAACAACGUCUGCCGUCGUGCUUUGACGGCUAAUUGACGCCAAGCUUGUUUUUAAUCCCCGAGCCAAAGGCGCGAAGCGUCGUCCCUGGUGUAAACCCGGGGCGAUGAAGCUGUACACGUUUCCUAAACAGCCCUGUUUAAUUUAAGGGGAAAAAAGUAAAAUGUAAAGUAAAAUCCACGUCGUCGUACUUGAAAUUUAGGUUCCCUUUACGACUAUUUAUAUGUUUUUUACAUGGCACAAUAGGCUGAGACAACCGGGUUCUCGGCCAGAUCAGAUGAAUGCCAAGGGUCGUGAUUAACUCUCCCGCCAUCUUCUGUCACUUUGAGGCCUUGUUUCCGAUUAAGUUGAGUCACCUUUGCAAGAUUGUAAAAUUGUAGAUAAAUAUUUUUCCAAUGUGUUUGUGUAGGUUGUUAUGGGUCUAUCGUACUCCAUCGUAGCAUGUGCAUUGUGGCCGUUAGUGGCUCUGGUUGUUCCAGAACAUCAACUUGGCACUGCUUACGGAAUGUAAGUAUCAUUAACAGUAACAACAAUUAUAUAAUAACUACAGUGAAACACGCAAUUUGAUUGGUCAACAGCCGUGCAGGAUCAGACAAUCCUGCACGGGAAAUUCUGAACAGAAAUUCUUGCACAUAAUUUUACAAAUAUACUCGCAUUGUAAAGUUUCAUUGUACGAUACCUUUCGACUUUGAAGUAAGUUUCCAAUUAUUGAGACGUUGGUCUAGUUGUAUGAAUAAAUUUCUGAUCGAUACAUUGCUAUUCAGCAAGUAGCAACGCGUAAGCGUUGAAAUUCAUCAGACCAUGUCAUGCAAAUACAACAUCUCUCGCUUAAAAGUUGAUCAAACGCUUCGCAAUCUUCACAUAUUCAGGUCGAGAAUCUUCAAAACUACUUUGGCUCUCUGUUUAGCCGGUUUUCCAUUUCAAAUUUUGUAUAUUUUAUCGAAAAAGUCCCUGUAUUUUCGCUGUAUAUUUUCGCGAAUUGCAUUCAAAUUCUGUUCACAUAUGUUGUUGUUUUCAAUAGCGUGGAGUAGCGAUUCUCUGAUUGGUUAAUUCGCGAAUCUUGUGAGAACUGCAGAUUUCAUCAGUAAUUUUAAUCAAGUUAAGCGUCGUUUCACUGUAGUAAUUUUAUAAAACAAUUACCAAAUGGUUUUCCCGUGCAGGAUAGCAUGAUCCACAUGCACUUGGGAUGUUGCUCGACUUUCGGAAAGCGUAAAAAUACACUCGCCUACGGCUCGUGUAUUUUUACGCUUUCCGAAAGUCUCGCAACAUCCCGCGUGCAUGGAUCACGCAAUCUUGCACGGAAAACCAUUCGGUAUUCCUUUAAUAGUUGAUUAGGUCUGAAUAGUGUUUAACUUUCAUACAAAUACUGACAAAGCAGGAGAAUUUAAAUGCUAAGUCAAAUUGUUGUUUUUUCUAAACAACAGUUUUGCAUUACAAGGACCUUAGGUCAUUACUGUCUGUGGAUUUCAGGGGGAACAGCUGCCAACAAGCAGGGUGCCCUAAAAUGGCCUGCACCUGUAAACUUUAUGUCGUGACUUCUCCUUAUAUAGCAUGCAGUCAAUCCAAAAUCUUGGUCUUGCUCUCAUCAACAUGGCUGCUGGUGCUAUUGUUGAUGCCAAAGGAUAUCUAUUUCUAGAAAUGUUUUUCUGUGCCUGGCUGUGUUGUAAGUAUAAAUUAAUAUAAUAUCACUAUAUCUUUCCAUAAAUACUUUCGGAAUUUUGUAGCUAUCUUGUAAUAUGUGGUUUCCAUUUUGUCGUAGCUACCAUAAUUAAGUCAUGGUCGCCGUUGUGAAUUUAACAAAUAGAUAAAACUGAACAGACAACGGCAAAAUCUAAUAGAUCAUGGCUCUAUAAAACUGAACAGACAACGGCAACGUCAUUGCUCUAUAAAACUGAACAGACAAUGGCAAAAUCGUAUCUAUUUGUUUUAUAUAAUAAAAAGAACACCCCCGAAUUAAACAGGUAAAUAGCUUACUUUUUAUCCACCCAAACAUUUGGAAAUUUGAAAAAGUCGACAUUUUACAAAUACCACGCGUACAUGAUCUAUACAAAUAAGGGAAUGCUAUUGGCUACCUUAAUUGUGACGUAAUUCCGUGCGUAUGUCCUCUUCUAAUAGAUCUCGACCAAUGAAAGCGCUUGAAUUAUAUAAAGUCUUUUGGAUGCUGCAAAUCAAUCUGUACUGUACUGAACGAAAUUGUCUGUACUAAUUUAACUUUAAAGAUAUGUCGAUACCCAAGCGUAAUGGCCGUUUUCCACUUCAACCGUAUCGUACGGAAACGUACUGGUGAGCAUGCGUAGAUUGAAAGAAGGUUGAUAAAUCCACGUAUACUUCCGGGUGUAUUCGCGUAUCAAAAUGAAGAGUUCGUCGCAAGUCAACUUUUUGGCGUACUACGGAAGUAUUAACCAAUCAACAUUCACGAAAUUUUGAAAUUUUAAAUGUGUUUUUUUUUUAUGUUUCGGUACGGUACGCUUGAAAUGAUAAACGGACUCAAAUCAAAAUUACCGACCUGGACCGGUCACGUGGACAAAAUUUGCCCGAUUUCUCAUUUCUGUCCCACUAACCAAAAAAGUCCUGGGGAGAGUAAAGAGCAAAAUAUAUAGAAUAUACUAAAUACCAUGAUUUGAUCACACUUAUAAUCACCGUAAUGAUAAAUGGUACAGUUACCUUGGAAAAACGAAAUUUGGUCUUGCCAUUUUAAUGACAUAUAAUUUCAAGAAAACUAUUACUAUUAUCAUUGAUAUUUUUUUGCUCGUGAAAUGAGUGCGAGAAUUUAAAGUAAAGGUUGUGUGUCAGGGUUCGUAGUGCUUGAGAGUCCUUGAAUACUUCUUGGUUUAGUUUUUGGAUAUUUUCUGAAAUUUGUUUGACAUUAAAAAGUGGACAUUUUGUUUGAAUUGAUUUUGUUCAUGUCUCAUUAAGUAGCAAUUUUAACAGAUUAACGCUUUCUUUUCAGCCGUUUAGUCCUUUCCUGUUACAUGGCCUUGCAUGCAAGUCCUUAAAUGUUACUCGUCUUUUUUUACCUAUACGAACCCUGUGUGUAUGUUUCCAUCAUCUCUUCUUAUUUUUUUUUCUCUAGUGGCUUUAAUGUGUAGUAUAUUGCUCUAUUUGGCUGAUGCUGCUAAAGGUAAAACAUAAUUUAUAUGUAGUUGUUAAUUGGAGCUAAUAAAAAUCACCGUUCCGAAAAGCUGCGUGUUCUCUGAUAAAAAGUCACGAAGUCCGUAUUAAUACUAUUAGAUAAAGGCUGGUUAUAACCACACUAUAAAAGUUUCUGUGAUCACAGUUUUGCAUUAGGUAAAUUCUACGUUUUGAAGGACUUGUAUAGGUUUGAGGAAACUAAGUGUCGAACACUCAUCAAUUCCCUCAAACAUUUCUUACAAAUCCUUCAAAACUUAAAAUUUACCUAUGCAAAAUCCCUACUGCAUGCAUGCAUGUGAUCACAGAAAAUUUGAUAGUGUAAAAUUAUUAAUAAACUGGCCUUUAAAAAGUACAGUUCUAUAAAAUGUUCACUAAAAUGAAAAUUCCGCAAAAUUUGUGACAACUUUUUUGUUAGUAUGAGUAUGGUUUGGGGGUGUUCUGGUAUCCCUAUAUCACCAAAUUAUUCUAAGAAGUAAAUGUUCGAGUGCAGCAGGAUUGUUUUUUAAAAGUGUUUAAAACCAAAAAGGCUUCCGCACAAAAAUGGAAGGUUCGAAACGCAAUUUGAAUUCAUAGGGUAUAAAUUUGUGAGGUGUUUUAAUGAACUGUCGAAGUACCAGACAAUUCGAUGUACAUUACGUCCAACGAGCAACUUUUUUUACUUUUUUCGCCAUGCAGCCACGCAUAUUUUUUUUAACUUUUUGUAAAGAGUAUGUAAGAAAUCAAUCGUGCAUAAAAUCAGUAUUGUGUGAUUGAUAUAUAUGCGUGACAGGCUACUAUAGCAAAAAAUCAAAGUUUUAGAGAUCGCCCGUUGAACUUAAUUAAUGUACAUCAAAUUGUCUGAUAUUGUGUUAGUUCAUAAAACACCUUCCAAAUUUGCACCCUAUAAUUCAAAUUUAAACCCUACAUUUUUGCGCAAAAGCUAUUGUUAAUGUGGUUUUAAAAAACAGCCUUGCAUGAAGCAAUUUUUUAUACAUCCUGUAUAGUUGUUUAAUCAGCUAUAGUAUAACUAUACAACCAUACAAAAACUGGCGAGAAAACAGGGUGUUUAAUACAAAGGCCAACUUAAAACAACAAUUUUACUCGACUUAUAUCGCAUUCUGUUUAGGUGGUAAACUUAAUAUGUCAACAAAGCAAAGAAAUGAGAUGCAAGCUCCGAAAUCAACACUGUGAGUUUGUCAUUGUCUCUUUUUCAUAACGGCAGACAUGACAUGGAACGAGGUUGAGUUAUUGUAUGUUUCUUUCAGAACAUUCUCCACAGAAGAUGAUGGAAACAACGUUCCAUAUUCAUAUGAUGGCCAAACAUCAAUACAGCCUCGAUCAGCUCAACAGCUCAGAUUUCGUUAUUUAUCUCGUGUUGGCAAAAAUGUAAGUUGUUCACUAUUGGUUAACGUCAGUAUUUGCGACGUUUGGUUCACUAAUUGACUGAUCAAAUUUUCGUUGUCUGUUAAAGGGAAAGUCAAGUCUGUUCUGCGCAUCGGUUCUGCUCAUAACAAUGUGAGGACCUCUAAUGUGAACAUUGCCCAAAUUUCGAAUGUUUCGAAUUUUUCUGAACAUAAACUCUUUUUCAUAUUCAUUUAGAAGCAUGCAUAGCGAACCAAAAUGGUGUUAGAUAUUCGGACAGUACAUCAUAGUUUAAAAAAUACAGCAGUUCAAAAUGUAAACAAACCGCUUGUUUACAUUACGGACUUGACUUCCCCUUUAAAUUUAGAAUUUUGUCUGUAUUCCGCCACGAAACGUAACAAAAUCUUCUUUCUUUGACUUCCAGCAAUUCCAAGUUCCUGUUUCUCACAGAUCAUCUGCCCUGGCAUACCCACACUUGUUAAAAUAAAUUUCUUGGUGGGGAAAAAUGUAUUUUAUGGCUAACAAAGAUAAGAAUAAUAUUGUAAAAUUGAGGAGGUGAAUGCGAGAAUUUAUAGCGUCACCAUUCCAUCUAAUUUUACUAGAUAAUUUGUAAUUUGAAAUGAUUUAUAAAUUUAUAGUUUCGGUAUCAUAUAUAAGCAUGAGUUUAAUGUAUGACUAACACCCCCGGAAAAACGUCUGCGCAUGCGUUAAUUUUGACUGAACUUGAUGUCAAAGUGUUCCGAAGGUUGUCAGAAGACUCACAAUGGAGGUCAAAAGGAGUGUGUGCCUUGUGAGGCAUCAAGACCCUUUAUAUACGGCUGAAAAUGUGCAGAUGUGCUUUUAGUAUAUAUAGCUACUUUACGUCCGAACGUCGAAUAUUGAUCAUUUUGCUCGAAGUUCUCGAUGUAUCCCCGUUCAAGCAAGGGAUUUUUUUUUAAUUUCUAUUUCUUAAUUUUUAUACUUGAAAUGUUAGAAGACUUAUAGAUUAAGAUCUACAUGUAGUGUACCCGUCCUUCUGUAUUUUCUUGUUUGUUUCACUUAUCUUGCAGAAUGCUGCCAUUUUUUAGUUCCCGCGCAGACGUUUCUCCGACCUAUAUAUGAACAGGCUUUGUGAUUGGUUGAUAAUAACAAUAAAAGAAAAAAAAACAUUAAAAGACAAAACCAUAUAAAUAAACACUGAUCACUUUUGUUUCAUAAACCCAAUCAGAAAACGUGUUCAUUAUACGUAUUUACCCACAAAUUCAAAUGUACAAGCUGGCUUGUACCCAACUCUAUAUAAGUUGAGCAUUUUUAUAAUGACACGUUAGUCAUGAAAAUUAUUCAAGAGAAACGAAUGUUCAAUCAAAAUCUGUAAAUCAGAUACAGAAUUCGCCCUAAUUUUCAGCUUCGAUCCUGUCGUCUAAAAUGAACCAUGUCGCCAAGACGGUUUGUAAACAUGAUUACUUACAGACCCGAACUAUCCGGAUCAGCUGCUCAUGCAUUAUCAAUUGCAAAAAAAUGUUUUUAUACUUACGUGAUCAAGUUGACCCAUGCAAAUGCAGUACGCAGUACAGAUUUACAUGUCAUAUGAUCAUCUCAUGCAUUAGUCUGCGAACCCAGGUGUCACUUCCCAGAUGUCAUUUCCUAUUUCGGAAAGCAACUUUCCGAGCAAAGAAUGAGCGUGGGAAAUGACGUCUGGAUUCGCAGACUACUCGUGCAUGCACGCAGUUCAUGAAAAAACCUGCUUUCCUAUAAAAGGAUUUGGUGAGGCCAAAAUCGUAUUAAUUAACUAGAGAUUCGAAUUAUGUAUAAAUCAAAGUAAGAUUUAUGUUAUUGCAUGUAACUUUAGACUUUGGAAUAUCCAUUCGUCUAUUAAACAUUGUCAUUCAUUUUGUAUUUUAUGAUC